GUGUUGCACCAGUCUUAUUUAAAACACGUCUUGCUUUAUUACAAACAACAGAUCGAAAUAAAAUUAAAAUUGAACAAGUACUUGCCGGUUUAUCUCUAUCUGAUUUACAACUAUCAAAUACAAAUCAAAUAGAUUCUAAAACUAAUCAAAAUACAGAUGAUAUUGAUGAUAAAUUAGUUGAUACAGAUAAUCCUGUUAAAGAAGAUAAUAUAACAAAUAUAAAUAUAGGUGAAUUAACUAUUGAAAAAUGGUUACAUCAUGUAUUAAAAUCAUGCUCAACAAUAAAAAUCAUAUGUUCACAUACAGAUGAUAUAUUAAAACAAAAUUGGCUUGAAUUACAUGAACAAUUAGGUUUACCAUCACUAUUACCUUUAUAUUUUUUUAUUAUUAAUGUUUUACUUGAUGUUAUGAAUGAAUGUUUAAGUCUUUAUAAUAAACCAUAUAUGAAUAAUGAUAUUAUUGAAAUAGAUCCACUUUGUCGACAACAACUUGUUCGUGAAGCAAAACUUGUUUUAAGAGAUGCAUUAGCUACACGUUUAUAUAGUGUUCGUAUAAUGGAACAAUUUAUUUCCAAUCGUAAAAUUGCUUAUGAACUAACAGAAUUUGAUGAAAAAACUGUUAAUCUUUAUAUGCAUUAUAAACAAUUUUUAAGUACAGUUUCUAUUAAUCGAACAUAUGAUAUUAAUAAUGAUGGUCAUCAAAUUGCACUUAAUGAUGCUGAUAGAGAAUAUUAUUAUUAUGUUGAUGAAGAAACAUCAGAAUUAAUAAAAGAAUAUUAUUUUGCUCGAGAUCUUACAUUAACAUUAGGCAAUCGAGAUUUAAUUCAUGCAUUGGGAUUUCAAUUUAAUGAUCUUGUAAGAGGCAUAUUAGCACAAUUGAAAGAAGAAUUAUAUGAAACAACAGAAACAUAUUAUCAAGUAUUUGCAGCUGAUACGAGUAAUACAUCAAAUACGAGUGAUGGACUUUAUUCAGCUGAGGUGAAAUCAGAAUUUACAAAACCACCUUAUUUUCACUCAUCAACUAGUGUUCCAGGUGACUUUGCUCAAACAGAAUUUUCUAUGAGCGAUGCAGGAACAUCUUUUUCUGAACAGAAAAAAUGUGAAAUAAUCAAUAGUACACGUGAAUUUCGUCGAAGUUUUGAUACAAUUAAACAACGAACAAUACGUAUUUGUUCAUUGGGUAAAACUCUUAUUGAUGAUUUUUCAAUUGCAGCUGAAUUUAGAUGUCAUAAUUAUCAUGAUCUAUGGCAUGGACUUCGACAUAAUAACUAUGCUCAAGUUAAACUUUAUUUAGACACAAGUAGUUCAGAUGAUUUCGAUAGUUUUUAUUUAUUUGUUCCACCAUGGUUAUCAACAGAUAAAAAUCAAGUCGAAAAAUUACUUAAUCUCAUUUGUAGUCAACAAUUACCAGCAGAUGAAUUAAUAAAAUCAGAUAAAGAUAUUAAACCAUCAUAUAUGAUAUAUAUACCAAAGAAAACUUCUCAUUUACAUAAUACACGUUGGGCCGGUGAUAUUAUUCUUAUUCGAGCAAGUGAAAGUACACAAUUAGCAUUAAAUUCAACUGAAUUACCAUGUCUUCAUUUGGUUGUUACACGAUCUGAUCAUUGGCAACAUGCUGUUGAGUUAUUUCAAUUUCAUAUUGGAUCAAAUAAUAAUAUUCAAUUUAUUAAAAAAUUACCUCGUGAUGAAGAUAUUCGUUUCACAUUCGAUCAAUUACCUGAAUAUAUUGAUAAAUUGGGUAAUCAAUUAACGCAUCUUGUUCGUAUACUUAAUGCUAUAUGGGAUCAAGAUUCAAUAAAAAUUUUUCUCACUGAAAUAGUUAAAUUUGAUGAACGAGAAUUACGUACAAUUGAAUCAAAAUUACUUGAUCUUGUUUUCUAUGUAUAUAAUUCAGGUUUUGAAUUAUUUCGUCUUUUAUAUGAUCUUUUACCACCAAUGUCAAUAAAUGAUGAUAAAAUAUUAAAAAAAUUUGUUAGUAUGAUGAAUGAAUUUUUUUGUGAAUGGUGUAAAUGUGUUACAAAAAAAUUUAAAUAUACAUCAACACAACAAGCUAGUACAGCGAAAUAUAAAGUUCUUAGACCAAGAUGGUUUACACCGGGAAUGAUUUUUCUUGGUUUUUUGGCUAAAUCUCCUCAUUUACAAUUAUUAACUGAAGAUGAAUAUAAAAAAUUAAUGACAGAAAUGCCAGUUGCACUUAAAGCUUUACGUGGAAGUACAUUGGAUAAUCGAGAUUCAUUUGUAACAAAAGCACGUUCAAAUAGUGCAUCAUCAAUACUAACAAUACCUACGCGACAACGUAAUCGAUCGAAUACAGGUGGACAUCGACGUUUUGAUAGUAGUGGUGGUAUUCAUGAAUUAUUAAUGUCACCAUUUAUUAGUCCAAUUGAACGUAUACAACAAAGUAUGGAAAAACGUGAACAAGAAUUACAACAAAAACUUCGUGAACGUAAACAAAUUGGUCAAAUACUUAGUAGUAAUAAUACAACAACAACAAGUGGUACUACAUUAGAUCCUGUUAUAUCAUUAAAAACACGUAAUAUUGAUUUUCCUUGGCGUCGUGGUACACGUAUUGGACAAGGUGGUGCUGGUGUUGCAUUUCGUGCUAUAAACUGUUCAAAUGGUUCAAUUGUGUGUAUGAAAGAAAUACAAUUAUCAUCUAUAGCAUCUCGUUCAUUACCAAGUACAUAUCCUGAAAAAUUACGACGUAUUGCAGCAGAAAUUGAAAUGAUUAUGUCAAUUAAUCAUCCGAAUAUUGUACGAUAUUUUGGUAUAGAAAAAUAUAAGAGAACAAUUUAUAUUUGUAUGGAAUAUUGUUUAUCAACAGUAAAUGAAUUUUUAAAUGAUAUUCGUGCAUUUCAAAAACGUGCACAUAAUAGAAAAUCGAAUAGUGGUUUAUGGAGUGAUUCAAGUGAUCAAGAUGAUGAAAUAAAUACAGAUAAUGUACGUUUAGCUCCAUCACUUAAUGUAAAUGAACUUGUUCGAGGUUUUGUUAAACAACUUUUACAAGCAUUAUUAGCUUUACAUGAACAUUGUAUUGUUCAUUGUGAUGUUAAAGGUGAUAAUAUAUUUAUUGCCAAUCAAAAUGGACAUUAUAUUGUUAAAUUAGGUGAUUUUAAUUUAUCCCAUCGAUUGGAAUUAGAAUCACGUUCAGCAAAUGAUAGUGACUCACGUAGUACACAAUUUGGCACUUUAUAUUUUAAACCACCUGAACCAGAAUAUGUAUAUCAAUCUGAUAUUUGGGCAUUGGGUUGUACUGUCAUUGAAAUGCUAACUGGCAAAUUACCUUGGACCAAUGUAACACGACCACAUGAAGAACGUAUAUAUAUACAAAAUCAAUUAUUAGCUAAAAAAGGUCCACCUAUUCCAGAUGAAUUAAAAACAGAACAUGAAGCAUAUGAUUUUAUUCAAUUGUGUUUAACACCUGACGUUAAUGAACGACCAUUAGCUAAAGCAUUACUUGAUCAUCCAUAUCCACGUGUUCGAACAGAUUCUUAA